ACCACUCACCAAAAGUUGCCAAGCCGGCCAGCGAGCGAGGGAGCGAGGAGCAAGCAGCAAGCAGCCCGGGCCACAGCAGUGGGUAGGGUGGGACAUACACACACACACACGGGGGGAAAUGCUGCUACCACAACGCGCAGUGCCUCCGUGCCCAGCCCGCUUGCCUCUCUGCUUCUGUGUGCAAACUCCCCAUCAUCCGAACGACCCACCCUUUUGUUUCAUCCUUGCCUUUACUACAAGACAGAAAAUAUAAACGAGACGAUCCUAUGACCUGGGACGUUUACCGAGACAGAGACAGAGGUUGAGGAUGGGACCUCUGUGGAGCUGGUGGUGCCUGUGAGAUGGUCGGAGGGAGGUCUCACCUGGUUGCUCCGGCAAGCGUGCGACGGUCUGGCCCGCCCCGCCACGGGAGCCCCCCACCGGAGCCCCCCACCCUCUUCCGCAUCUUCCACGACGAGGAGUGGGGGGUGGUGGAGCGCAGCUUGCGUGUGCUGGAGGACAGCGGCUUCUACUGGGGCCCGCUGCCCGUGGACAAGGCACACGCCCUGCUGGAAGCCCAGCCUGUGGGCACCUUCCUGGUCCGCGACAGCACCCAGUCCAACCACCUGUUCAGCCUCAGCGUCCGCGCCCGCAGGGGGCCCGUCAGCAUGCGGGUGCAGUUCAAACGGGAGCUCUUCUGGUUCGACAACGCCCACUUUGACUGCAUGGUGAAGCUGCUGGAACACUGCGUGGACUGCAGCCGCGGGAAGCCCUUCGUGUUCGACGGGGGCGACGCCAUUGUCUUCACCUCGCCGCUGCGCAAAGACCCCAUGCCCAAACUGCAGCAGUUGUGCAGGAGGAACAUCAUCCGCCACUUUGGGAGGGAUGGCGUGGCCAAACUCCCCCUGGUGCCCAGUCUCCAGAAGUACAUCGAGGAGUUUCCAUUCAAGAUAUAACUCGGAUGAAGAGCACAAGGGUGAAGUAAGUCUUUUCCUCGUGUUAUGGUGGAUGAACCAGUUCAUCGUGACUACUGUCCAAGCACAGCGGAGGCGAGCUGAUGAUCAGGGCAUCCUCAGAUGAAGAUUAAGGCAUCUUCAAAUGAAGACCAAGGCAUCUUGAAGACCAAGGCAUCUUCAAAUGAAGAUCUGGCCAUCUCGUGCUUAGUCCGCCCCAAUGCACCAAAUCCAGUUUGGGCUAUCGAAGGGGAGCAAGCAUUGAGUGGUACGGAUUGCAGGCGACAUGGAGCCAGGAGUCGGGACCCUUUCGCAAAAGUGCGGCUUGGAGCCAACACGCUCCACGAUAAAAGAGACACUCGCCGGGAGAACAAGGGGCACAAACGAGAGGGAAAUGAGUGCCUCCGGUCAAUUCUGUCACGCAAAUCGUUGCAAUGCAAGGCCGUGGCUUUUCCAGGUUCCACCUGAAGCUGCAGCAGCCUGAAAUAUAAUUCCGUUAAAUAUUCUAAUGAUUUAAAUUAAUAUAUUUUGAUACAUCGUUUUGAAGAUGUAAAAUUCGAACCGCCUCGGUGAGAAGCGGCAAAUGAGUAACGAUGAUGAUCAGAACAAAGUUGUGAGGAGAGAUAUGAAUGGAUUACUUUAUUGUCAUAGGUGACAAGGCACAGUGAAAUUCUUUGCAAGGUAUGCAAAUGGUCGCUACAUAAAGGACGCUGACAAAAGUCACAAAGUACCUCCACCAUCUCCUCCGUUGUUGCUCCCCCACCUCAUGGCCGUCUCCCCAGGCAAGGUCAUCCAUUAUUCAUUGUUCUUCCCCCCUCCUUUCACGAUGGUCCCCUCUUCCACCGCAGACCAUACCGGCUUGGAGCGGGGAUGUUAAGUUUUGAACAGGGGAUGCUGAGGGGAAUCUUAAAUCUAAGUCCAUUAAGGUACAAGGAGCCUCGAUAGAACAAACAAGAGCCUGUUUCGCUGGGUCGAGGUCCAAUUCAGAGCAGGCACAAGUUUAAAGCUUGAAGUAAGCAAUAGACAAUAGGUGCAGGAGUAGGCCAUUCGGCCCUUCGAGCCAGCACCGCCAUUCAAUGUGAUCAUGGCUGAUCAGCCCCAAUCAGUACCCCAUUCCUGCCUUCUCCCCAUAUCCCCUGACUCCGCUAUUUUUAAGAGCCCUAUCCAGCUUUCUCUUGAAAGCAUCCAGAGAACCGGCCUCCACCGCCCUCCGAGGCAGAGAAUUCCACAGACUCACCACUCUCUGUGAGAAAAAGUGUUUCCUCGUCUCCGUUCUAAAUGGCUUACCCCUUAUUCUUAAACUGUGUGGCCCCUGGUUCUGGACUCCCCCAACAUCGGGAACAUGUUUCCUGCCUCUAGCGUGUCCAAGCCCUUAACAAUCUUAUUUGGUAGGUUAGAGGGAAGAGAAGGAAAACAUAUGUGGAAGGUGGAUGGGUGUCUGGAACUCACCGCUUGAAGGGGCGAUGGAGGAAACACUCGAUACAUUUCAAAUAAAAUAUACACCAGAAUACUUACUCCGAUCUGUGAGUUGCAGGACUUGGAGUCACAGAUGGGGUUGAGAUAGGUAGCUCACAGGCACGACGGGCCGAAUUGCCUUCACCUGGGUGGUGUAGCGGUAGAGUUGUCGCCUCACCGCGCCAGAGACCCAGGUUCGAUUCUGACCACGGGCACUGUCUAUACGGUGUUUGCACGUUCUCCCCGUGACCAGCAUGGUUUCCCCCAGUUUCCUCCCACACUCCAAAGACGUACAGGUUUGUAGGUCAAUUGGCUUGGUAUCAAUGUAGAAAUUGUCCCUAGUGUGUGUAGGAUAGUGUUGGUGUGUGGGGGUCGCGGGGCAGCACGGACUCGGUGGGCCGAAGGGCCUGUUUCCGCUCUGUAUCUUUAAACUAAACUAAACUAAAAAGUAUCAUAAACAAUGUGUAGGAAGGAACUGCAGAUGCUGCAUUACACCAAGAUAGAUCAGGAUAGAGUCUUGAUUAGUACAGGUGUCUGAAGUUACGGGGAGAAGGCAGGAGACUGGAUUUAGGAGGGAGAGAUAGAUCAGCCAUGAUUGAGUGGCGGAGUAGAUUUGAUGGGCCGAAUGGCCUAAUUCUGCUCCUAUUACUUAUGAUCUUAUGAUCGGCACCGAAAAUAGACACAAAAAGCUGGAGUAACUCAGCGGGUCAGGCAGCAUCUCUGGAGAAAAGGAAUGGGUGACGUUUCGGGUCUUGUCCACUGUGAUCGAGAUAACACACUCCAGCUGAGGGAAGUACUUACAUUGAAUGUAAACUCUGGAAAAUGACCGCGAGUUUGGCUUGUUCGAACAUUUCAUCGUAAUACUUAUUUUAUGUUCAUCUAGUUAUAUUUCUUAAGAAAGUCCGUAUGCCAACUGUUGAUGCAAAGUUAUUGGGAGGAAAAUACCCAGAUUAAAAUCGACAAUCUUAGCUAAUUCUAUUCUAAUUUAUUGAUUAUUGUCAAUCUGAAUUGUAAGGCAUUAAAUUUUCCAAUUUCCUUGCUAAACCUGAAAAUCGACACAAAAAGCUGGAGUAACUCAGCGGGCCAGGCAGCAUAGAAACAUAGAAAAUAGGUGCAGGAGGAGGCCAUUCGGCCCUUCGAGCCAGCACCGCCAUUCAUUGAGAUCAUGGCUGAUCGUCCCCUAUCAAUAACCCGUGCCUCCCUUCUCCCCAUAUCCCUUGACUCCACUAGCCCCUAGAGCUCUAUCUAACUCUCCCUUGGCCUCCACUGCCCUCUGUGGCAGGGAAAUCCAUAAAUUCACAACUCUCUGGGAGAAAAAGUUUUUUCUCACCUCAGUCUUAAAUGACCUCCCCUUUAUUCUAAGACUGUGUGGCCCCUGGUUCUGGACUCGCCCAACAUUUUUCCUGCAUCUAGCUUGUCCAGUGCAUCUCUGGGGAGAAGGAACGGGUGACAUUUCGGGUCAAGACCGUUCGGGUCGAGAAAGACAAUGCAAUGAUUACAAUCGAGCCAUUUACAGUGUAUAGAUAGACAAUAAGGGAAUAGCGUUUAGUGCAAGGUAAAGCCAGCAAAGUCCACUCAAGGAUAGUCUGAGGAUCACCAAAGCAGUAGACAGGAGUUCAGCACUGGGCUCUCUGGUUGUGGUGGGAUGAUGUGCUGUCUUUUAGAUUACCUUGCGUUAGGAAAGUGCAUGGGUCAUGGGGACACAGCAGUGAAUGCUCACCUACUCAUCAACAGGCACUGAAGGAAGUGGGUCCCUGAUGUGACCAGUAUGACUGAAGCCGUCAUUCUUUCUGACAGUGGUAUUCACUCAUUGUUUGCUAACUGGAAUCUAUUUUGCAACCACAAGUGUUUUGGGGUUUGGGUUUGAACAUCUUUGGUGACCCUCGGACUAUCCUUGAUUGGACUUUCGAAGGGAGACAAGAGUGCUGGAGGAACUCAGCGGGUGCAGCAGCAUCUAUGGAGCAAAGGAAAUACAACCAUAGAUCACCAUAGAUGCUGCUGCACCCGCUGGAUUACUCCAGCACUUUUGUGUCUACCUUCGAUUUUCCAGCAUCUGCAGUUCCUUCUUGAUACAAUGAUACCAUUUAUUUGUUGUCAUUUGAACCUCAUUGAGGUUCAAACGAAAUUUGGUUUCUGCAGUCAUACACACAAGUAGAAGAACCAAGACACACACCAACACAAUUCACACAAACAUCCAUCACAGCGAAUCUCCUCCUCACUGUGAUGGAAGGCAAAGUCUUGUCUCUCCCCUGCACUCCCCAUUCUCCUCCCGAUGUCAGAGUCAAAGCCCCCGGCGGGUGAUGGUAAAUAAGUCUUAGACACUUGAUCGGACUUUGCUGCACUAAACCUUAUCCCCUUAUCAUGUAUCAAUGCAUUGUCAAUGGCUCGAUUGUAAUCAUGUAUCGUCUUUUCGCUCUUUGGACCAAAGAAGGGUCUUGACCCAAAAUUGUCACCCAUUCCUUCUCUCCAGAGGUGCUGAGUUACUCCAGCACUUUGUGUCUUAUCUUCUAGAUGUUGAUCAUGUACUUGGUGACAUGCCUGGAAAUGUUUCCUGUUUGCUUGAUAGAUUUCCAUUUUGCACUGUUCAUUUUGACUGUCCCGUUUACAUGUACAGAAUAUUUAUUGUCGAACCAAAUAAAUGUAUUUGUAUUAAUUAUGCACUUGAGGCUGCGCAUUGAUGUUUGUGUUACCCACCCACAGCAGAGUUUUGAAACAAGGAACCGCAGGUGCUGGUAAAUAUGCAAAGUGCUGGAGUAAUCAGCAGAUCAGGCAGCAUCUCUGGAGAAGGUGGAUGAUCCAUGUUUAGUUUGGUUUAGAGAUACAGCAGAGACAGGCCCACCAGGUCCGCGCCGACCAGCGAUUCCCGUACCCUCACACUUUUCCUACACUUUUCCGAUGUUGGGGAAGUCCAGAACAAGGGGUCACAGUUUAAGGAUAAGGGGGGAAAUUCUGCACGGUCCCAGGAUGGAGAGAAGGAAUGGGUGACGUUUCGGGUCGAGACCCUUCUUCAGACUGUUGACGGGACAGAGACAGAGAUAGAGUUAGUAAGACUGGGGGGAGAACUGGGAAGGAGGAGGGGAUGGAGAGAGAGGGAAAUUCUUAAGGGGUUGGGCAGGCUAGAUGCAGGAAGAUUAUUCCCGAUGUUGGGGAAGCCCAGAACUAGGGGUCACAGUUUAAGGAUAAGAGGGAAGUCUUUUAGGACCGAGAUGAGAAAAUCAUUUUUCACACAGAGUGGUGAAUCUGUGGAAUUCUCUGCCACAGAAGGUAGUUGAGGCCAGUUCAUUGGCUAUAUUUAAGAGGGAGUUAGAUGUGGCCCUUGUGGCUAAAGGGAUCAGGGGGUAUGGAGAGCAGGCAGGGAUGGGAUACUGAGUUGGAUGAUCAGCCAUGACCAUAUUGAAUGGCAGUACAGGCUCGAAGGGCUGAAUGGCCUAUUCUUGCACCUAUUUUCUAUGUAUCUAUGAUCCGAAAUGCUGCCUGUCCAUAGAUUUAUGUCCUCUGGGUAGGAGAGCCUUUGAGAUUUGCCAGACUCUGCCCAGAUGGAUAAACUUUGAUAAACAAUUGAAGGAGAAUGUAAUAUGAGGAAUGAAUAAUAAACAGGAACAACAUGGAUUGCUUGAGAAGAACCAAAGACUCAAAGAAGUAAAUAGUCGCCCUUCCGUAUCUACAGAUAUGGCUUCCGGCCUACUUAUGGCCUAAGCACGAUGGCGCAGAGGUAGAGCUGCCAGAGGCCUGGGAUCGAUCCAGACUACAGGUGCUUGUCGGUACACAGUUUGUACAUUCCCCCCGUGACCUCCGAGAUCUUCAAUUUCCUCCCACACUCCAAAGGCAUACAGGUUUGCAGGUUGGUCUACAUGUAAAUACGUCCUCAGUGCAUUAGGGUAGUGUUAGUGUGCAGGGAUCGCUGGUCAGUGUGGACUCGGUGGGCCGAAGGGCACUGUUUCCGCACUGUAUCUCUAAACUAAACUAAACCAAUCUUCCAUAUGCUGGUGCUCACUCAAGCUAAAUCACCUGAGCUUCUGAAGAUCUCCACGGACCAAACCUGUGGACUUCCCCUUUAAGUCUUAUCUUUAGGAAAUCUAACUAGACUAGGGUAACAGAGCUCUAACAGGUUGUCUUGGAGCUGUGUGGUUUGUAGAAACUGCUUUAUCUAUUAAAGUGACUUCCAGGAACAGAUGUAAUCAAAAUACUAAGAAACACUGCAAUAAUGCACUGCGGUUAGAUAUGGCCUAUUUUCUUUAUCAGAACUUAUAAAAGCCUAAAGGCUACAGAAUUUAAAAAAUAAUUAAGGGUUUUGCUGAUGGACUGAUGAUGUUUGUCAAAGCUGAAUAAAAAAACACACGCACACACACACACGCGCACACGCGCACACACACACACACAUACACACAUACACACACACACACACA